AUGUCCCUCAAUUCUGGUGACCAAGGGGCUUUAUCUGAGACUGCCCCUUUUGCUAAAAACGAGGACCACCAGCAGAAGAGGCCCAGUACUGUGACAGGAGAUAACACACAUGUGGACCAGGUGUUGCCGGGAGUGGAUGAAGCCUCUCCUGGUUCGACUUCAUCCUUUGAGAUGCUCGACAUGGAGCCAGUCCCACCUCCUUACCAAAAAGUGCAGCCUCACUGGUUCUUCUACAAACAGAGCGAUGACAAUGUACUCUGGCUCCCUUUUAGCAGAGAAGACUCAGAAAAAUUAGAGAAUGCCAAUAAUGCAGUAAGGGAUAACGAUGGAGAGGUGGUGGUGGCUGUGGAGGGUGAACGCUAUGAUGUAAAUGUCAAGGAGAGGAAGUGCUACGCCGUGUACUGGGAACAGGCGCCCAUUGAAGUUCGCCGCUGCACGUGGUUCCACAAAGGAGAUAAAGACAUGAGGUUCAUGCCAUACUCCGAAGACUUCAGCAACAGUCUGGAGGAUGCCUAUAUGAUUGCAGUUACUUUGGAUGAGUGGAAAAGGAAACUAGAUUUUCCCACGGGAGAGACGGUUAUUUUACACAAUCCCAAGUUGAUAAUGCACUAUCAGCCAAUAGGAUUGCAGGAAGACUGGAUCUCCUCACCAUCUGAAAAUACUCGUCCUAGAACAGUUAAACGUGGCAUCAAUAACAUCCCUAUAGACAUACCAGAUUGUGAACCAGAAAAGGUGGACCACCUUGUAUUUAUGGUCCAUGGCAUCGGUCCUGCAUGUGAUCUACGCUUCAGAUCCAUCAUUCAGUGCGUGAAUGACUUCCGCAGUGUGUCGUUGUCCUUGUUGGCUUCUCAUUAUAAGACUGCUCAGCUAGAAGGAAAGGUGGGGAAAGUGGAAUUCCUCCCUGUGAAUUGGCAUAGCGCUUUACAUGGCGAUGCCACUGGUGUGGAUGAAGAUAUUCAUAGGAUCACGCUGCCCAGCAUCAGCAGAUUGAGACAUUUCACCAACGACACCCUACUGGACUUGUUUUUCUAUAAUAGUCCUACCUAUUGCCAGACCAUAGUGGAUACAGUCGCAUCAGAGAUCAACAGAUUACACACACUCUUUAAACAGAGACACCCCAAGUUCAAUGGGGAGAUUUCUGUUGUGGGUCAUAGCCUUGGUUCGUUGAUCUUAUUUGACAUGCUAACCAACCAGAGAACUGGUCCAGAAUCUGCAAGAGAAGAGGUGCUGUCCGAUGACCCCUGUCAUCUGGAACCUGAUACACUUCUAGAGCAGACUCUCGCCAGACUGGGCCUGCAGCAAUACACAGACAUAUUAAAGGCAGAAAACCUGGACCUUGAAUCACUGGCUCUUUGUCAAGAAAAUGAUCUCAAAGAUUUAGGAAUUCCUCUUGGGCCCCGGAAGAAGAUGCUUAAAUAUGUCAGGAGAAAAUAUUUUUCAGAGGAUUACAAAGCAGGACGUUUGAGUCUGGAGCGACAAGGUUCCCUCCAUAGUCAGGACAAUGGUCCAGAGUCUGCUGUUGAAAAGGGCCAGUUCCUCAGAACACAGUCCAUAACCAGCGCUGUAGAUUAUGAAUAUUUCAACAUGGGCAUCGGACAGACCAAUGGAGGCAUAGCCAAGGGACAGGUAUCCGUCGAUUACCCACAGCUCGCGUUUCAGCCACAGACUUUUUUUGCUUUUGGAUCGCCUAUUGGAAUGUUCUUAACUGUCCGUGGACUUAAACGCAUCGAUCUCAACUACAGCUUCCCGACCUGCAAGAGUUUUUAUAACAUCUAUCACCCGUUUGAUCCUGUAGCUUACCGGAUUGAACCCAUGAUUAUUCCAGAUGUUGACCUGGAACCUAUGCUAAUUCCGCACCAUAAAGGCCGUAAAAGGAUGCACUUGGAACUGAAGGACAGCUUUACCCGCAUGAGCAUAGAUUUUAAGAAUAAUGUUCUUGGAUCAUUACGGACAGCUUGGCAGUCAUUUUCCAAACUACCUGUUGCUGCGCUGCCCCCAGUUGCUGAAGGAGAAAGUACAACAGAGGAAAGUCUUCAGGAGACACAAGUUUGUGCCUCUGCUCAGAGGGAGGAAAAAAGUGGUGACUUUUGGACUAAAAUAUUGGAGUGGCCCAGGGCCCUUCAUAGGCAUCACUUCCAAGGCGAAAGUGAAGAGGUGGACUCGUCACGAUCAACAGAGGAACCGCAGCAGGCGGAGAAAGCGGAAAUAAAAAUGGGAAUGUUGAAUGGAGGGCGACGCAUCGACUACGUGCUUCAGGAAAAACCCAUCGAGAGCUUCAAUGAAUAUUUGUUUGCCAUUCAAUCUCAUCUUUGCUAUUGGGAAUCUGAGGACGCUGCUCUGCUGCUGCUGAAGGAAAUCUACGACAAACUGGAUGUGACAUUGGAACAGCAUCAACAGUAA